AUGAAGAACUUCUCUCCUGUCUUCGUUGCUUUGACUAUCGCAGUUGCAACUUCCGCGGCAGUGCUGCCUCCCCAGAGCGCGACUUCCAAAAGCCUAAGCGUUACCCAGUCCGCGAAUUCUACCACCUCUAUUGCCGCUAGCACGCAACCGACAGACAUCACCACGACUGUCACUGGAAUCACUACCGGUACUGACACUACCAGCCCUGGCACCGAGACUGGUACGGAGGCCACCACCAUCAGCACCGAAACCGGUACCACCGAGACGUGGUCGUCGAGCACUGAAUCUGGUACUGGUAACCAAACCACCGGCACCGGGACUGCCACUAGGACUGGAACUAAAACUGGUUCCACCACUGGCACUGAACCUACCAGCACCGAGACUGCCACUGGGACUGGAACCGAAACUGGUUCCACCACUGGCACUGAACCCACCAGCACCGGCACUGGGACCGGGACCGAAACUGGCACUGAAACUGGCACUGAAACCGGGACAGGCGGUGGUACGGAACCCACAAGCACCGAAACUGGCAACACUGGCACUGGCACUGGUACAGAGCCUACCAGCACGGGUACGGGUACUGAAUCUUCCUCGCUCCCAACCAGCCGCCCACCUCACAGCAGACCCCCUUGGCACCGACCCACCGGUUAUCCUGGAGGCCACGGUGGACCGUGGGGAUGGGGUUAUGGACGUGGCGCAGAAGGCGACGAGAACUAA